CCUUCCAAUGACAACGUCUCUCUUUUGUUUCGCAGGACGGAUGUACGAGGUUUCCAGGAGUGCGAGCGCGUCAUGAGCCUUUGGAGGUAUCGUGCCUGAGGAGGCGGCAUGAAGGGCUGGUUUGACUUGUCCCGGGUUGAUGGCGGGCCCACGCUGUACAGCCAUGCCAACCGGACGACGGUCACCGGGGACGUCACGACGGCCGCCCUCUUCCUGGCCGCCGGGACGCUCUUCAUCGCCUUCCUCGUCAUCUUCCCGGGGGUGCGCAAGGAGAGGUUCACGACAUUCAGCAGCGUCACCUUCAGCUUGUUCGUCGGUACCGCAAUACUCGUAACGUGCCAAGGCUCCAGCUGGCACGUGGCGAAGAACCAAGUGACGGCGACCUACCGGGCCUUCUCCAAGGAGAGACUGCGCGCCGAAGUGGGCGCCUACAUCGGCUUGCAACAUGUCAACAUCACGCUCCGGGCGCUGCCCGAGGUGAACCAGACCGAGGCUCAGGACAUCGACUUCAACGAGCGCUUCUCCUGGGGCGGCGCGGGCGACAUGCGGCAGGGCUACCGGGAGGGCUUGGUGCGUGGGCUGCCCUUCCCGCUCCUCACCGUGGCCGAGGCGCUGUCCCUCGGCCAGGAGGGCUUCUCAUGGGGCGGCCAGUAUCGACGCGCCGGCUACUACUGCGCCAUCCUCCUCUGGGCUUCCUUCGCGGCGUGGUGUGUGACCAACCUGCUGCUGAUCGUGGUGCCGCGGUACGGCGCGUACUGCCUGGCCGGGACGGGCAGCCUCAUGCUGGUCGCAGACGCCGUGUACUGGAGCCUGCUCCCCCGGACGCAGCUCAUGGUGCGCUUCGAGGGCGCGGAGCUCAACUUCAGUCUGGGCUGGUGCUUCUGGCUGGUGCUGGCGGCCGGCGCGCUCAGCGUCCUCUUUGGCCUCGUGAUCGCCGUGUUCGACAUGCUGUUCCCGCACCGCUUCUCCACCGUGCUCGAGGUGGACUACGACACGCCGUACGAUCGACACAUCAUCAUCGAAGAGUCCCGCGGCAAGCCGAGCCUCGAGCGCCCCUCCGCCUUCGGCUCCAGGAUCCUGCGGAGGCUCUCGCGCCGCGACACGAACAGCAAGCAGCAGGAGGAGCAGCGGCAGCUCCAGCUGCAGUUGCAGCUGCGCCAGGGCCUGGACAACGACGCCUUCGAGCUGGACCCGCCCAAGUCACCGUGGAGGUACCCCUUCCAGCGUGAGCCCCGACAGCCACGGCUGCAGCCUCCCAGGGUGGCCGCGUUCAGGCGCACAGACUCCCAGGACUCGGCGUCCAGCACGGCGUCCAGUGUGCGCGUCUCGUUCAGCAACCUGCCGCCUCCACAGCGGCAGUCGUCGCUGCUUAGACAGCACCAGGAACAGAAACUUUUACAGCAGCAACAGCAGCAACUGCAGCAGCAGGCGCAACCUCAGCUGCAACAAGAAGCAGAGCAGCAGGAGAUUAAAAUCCCAUCACAUCCAGCUUUAAGGCGCAGUACUGCAGGGCUAGAAGACAGACGAGAAGUGGCAAUGUGGUAAUUGUUGUAUUUAAUUAGAUAACUUUAUUUAUAACUCAAACUGUAAUACAUUGUGAUCUAGAUCAUAGAAAAAAUACUGUAAGCUAUUUUAAUUUGUGAUUUGUGUGUGUUUUGAUUAAUGUAGAUGAAAAGGGUUUAUGAAGACCAACCAACUAAAAUUUGAUAGUUCUUUGCUUUUAUAAAUAGUAGUGUGUCUCCUUAUGUAAGUAUUGGACACAUUUCGUAUGAUAGAUUAUCAACUUUUCAUGAGCAAGUACAGUCUGUACUUGAAGAGGGGCUUUGCCCAUGCCAGCUCUUUUAUGCUCAAUGUCCUGGUCUUUUCAAAAGAAGCUGUAGUUGUUUAAGUUUGACUACUUGAACUGCUAAGCUGUUGUUCAAUUUAUACAAAACACACUGCACCUGGAAUUCCAUGGAUGUGCCAAACAUUUAUUCACUGUCCUGCAUAGUGUAUAACAUAAAUUGUUUAUCUCUAUGGUCAUGUUGGAAACCAAUUAGUGGAGUGAACUGCUAACAAAUAAGCAACAAGACAGAACAAUUGGUCAACAAAAUAUUAGUUUUGUUAAAAGUUACAUUAUUAUUUGUGCCCGAGUUUCUCAGAAUAGAUAUAUGAGUCAUAGUCAUUAAAAGGCUGUUUCAAGAAGAUAGUCUGUGAAGCGGGUGCCAUUGUCUUGGGCAUGCUUGUACCUGAACCCAUAAAAAACAAAUCUCAAAAUAAACUAAUGUACAUGCAGUGAGCAGGGCAAUGCCUCACUCUCACUGCCCAGUCAAUUUUUUUUCUUCUUUUUUACUUCUAUGAAUUAGUUAUACUGGCAGAAGUGGCAGUAAGAUCAAUUUGACUCAGUGAAGAAAUUUUUAUUUGUCUUUUAUGCAAAGAUGUAGAAAAGACCAAAAUAGUGUAGCCUGAUUGAGUGGGGACUAAGUUCUGUGAUUGCCUUAUUUUGUAUCCCUCUGGUAUCUCCCCAAUCAGAGGACAAAAUGAUUAUGGUUAAUAUAGGUAAUUGUAUGAUGUUCUUACAGACAAAAGCUCAUGUGUUUUUUUUCUCUUACAAGUAUUUAACUGCUUACAUGAAAGGGUAAUAAACUGUGAUGACCGUUUUUAUUUUCCAGAAUUCCUUAUUUGAAAAAAUUAUUAUGAUCACAAUUUUUAGGCAAAAUAUGAAAACACAGGAUACUGAAAAGAUUUCUCUAUUUCAAGGAAGAGAUAGAAAGUUAGGAUUUGCCAUGUCUUAUUUAAGUGAUUCAAGGUUCAACAAUUUACAAUGUGUCUACGUUCAUAUUGCGAUUGUACAUUAUUAUAUUAAUGUUUGUGGAAACCACAAUUGAUAAAAUUAUAUCAAGAAUGUUCAGCAAUGGAAAAGUAGUCGAUUUACAAAUGCAAGUCAAGUAGAAGUUGUUGAAAUAAAUAAAAUUUGUUGCAACUGAUCCAUA